AUGGUCCGCGUGGCACACGUCGUGUCGCUUGCCGCCUUCGCCUCGACGGCCCAGGCCUAUUCCGGCUGCGCCGAUGCCGUGCCCGGCGCGUACAUCUUCGAGUUCCUCAAGGACAGCCAUGGCCUCGAUAGCUUCUACGAGCAUGUUGGUAGAGUCGGAAGCCUGCGAAUGAAUCUUACCUUUGAACUCUUCAACGGCGCCUCCGUCCAGAUAUUCGACAAGGAUGACCCUUAUAGUAUAGCGACCAAGAUGGCAGAAAACCCCAACGUUCAGGCCUUUUACCCCAUCUGCCGAUUCCAGUCGGCCGAUCCGAAGGCGAAAUGGACAGGGUCCAAUCCUCCUCGGGACUGGAAGAAUCGGUUGACGAAGCGUGCCCGGGCGAACGAGACGGAGGAUACCUUUUCCACCCACAUCAUGACCCAAGUCAGUAUGCUGCGCGCAAAGGGAUGGACGGGUAAAGGCAUUAAGAUUGCCAUCCUUGAUACCGGUGUUGACUAUACCCACCCGGCCCUCGGAGGCGGUUUUGGCGACGGCUACCGUGUCUCCUUCGGUUAUGAUGUUAUUGGCAAUGCCUAUGAGCCCGGCGGCAUACCUGUCCCGGACAAGGACCCUAUAGAUACCUGCGAUGGCCAUGGCACCCACGUUGCUGGCAUUAUUGCCGCCCAAGAUACCAAGUUCGGCUUUACCGGCGUCGCGCCCGGCGCUACACUAGGAGCGUACCGUGUUGUCGACUGCAAUGGAUCCACGACAUCCGACAUGAUGAUUGCCGGUUUCAACAUGGCCUAUCAGAAUGGUGCCAAUAUCAUCACCGCCUCGUUGGGUUUUCAUUUCGGCUGGUCAUCGGACCCCAUUGCCCUCACCGUCCAACGCAUCGUCGAGAAGGGCGUUCCCUGCACCAUCUCACAGGGUAAUAUGGGUUCCUUGGGUCUCUUUGCUGUCGCUACUCCUGCCAGUGGCAAGGGCGUAACGUCGGUUGCGUCGUUCGAAAACAUCAUAACGCCUGCGCUGUUAUCGGAGGUGACGUACAACAUUGAUGGCGGCAAGGACAUUGUAAGCAUCGGCUUUGAGCACACCGCGACGAGGGCCUGGAACGAGACGACGCUCCAAGUCUAUGCCACCAGCCUCAAUACCACCGUCGAAGAUGAUGCUUGCCAUCCGCUGCCCGACACCACUCCGGACCUAAGCAACAAGGUUGUCCUGAUCCGACGCGGUCCUGCCUGCCAAUUUGAGGCAAAGAUUUCUAAUGCUGCGGCCAAGGGGGCCAAGUAUGUUAUAUUUUCCAGUUCUGGCACCAUUUCUGGGAGCUUGGCCCACAACGACUUCACCGGCCUUCUCGCCGCCGGCGCCGUAUCGAAGGAGGUGGGUGAUGCCUGGGCGGAGGCCAUCAGGGACGGCAAGAAGGUGACGGUAACGAUACCCGACGCCAGCAAGUCGAAUCGCCAUCUGGUUGCGAACCCUAAACCUGCCACCGGUGGUGCUGUCGCCGCCACGACUUCCUGGGGCCCUACCUGGGACAUGGAGGUGAAACCGCUGGUUGGCGCCCCUGGCGCGGACAUACUCUCCACCUAUCCCCUGGCCCUUGGUGGUUAUGCCAUUCAUUCCGGAACAUCAAUGGCCUGCCCGAUGGUGGCCGGAAUCAUCGCCCUCAUUGCCGAGGCCCGUGGCACAUUUGACCCCGUACUGAUCAAUAGCCUACUCUCGUCCACGGCGAAACCCCAACUCUUCAAUGACGGAGAUGCUUUCCGUGACUACUAUGCCCCGGUUUCCCAGCAGGGAGGUGGACUCGUUCAAGCGUACGAUGCCGCUUACGCCACGACCCUUGUUCAGCCAGCUGCCUUUUCCUUUAACGAUACGGAUCAUUUCAUCAAGUCUAUGACCAUUACCAUCAGCAACGUCGGCGAAAAGGAAGUCACCUACGCGUUAGGCAACAUGCCGGCCAUUACCAUGUAUACCCUCGACGAAGGAGCCAUCAACGCUGCCAAAUUCCCCAACGAAGCCGUCCAGGAAGCGGCGGUGAUGACCUUCAGCCAGAAUUCCGUCAGGCUCGGACCCGGCCAGUCGGCCUCGGUUGACGUUCGGCCGACUGCUCCGUCCGGCCUGAACGCGAAGCGUCUAGCCCUAUGGUCCGGCUGGAUCGCCGUGAACGGCACGGAUGAUACCUCCCUGACGAUACCUUACCAGGGCCUCACCGGAUCGCUCCACAACGCGACGGUUUUACCGUCGGGAAAUACCUUCAUGGCUCAGUACUGGGGCGACUGGAACUAUACUGCCAUUCCGGCGAACGCAACGAACACGACCUUUACUGUUCCGAGACCUGGCGACAAGCCGGCCAAGGGAGUUGGCUUGCCCGGUCUCGUCACGAACCUAACCGUUGGGUCGCCGCUCGUGACGGCGCACAUUGUGCCACUGAAGACCCAUGGGCUGCCGGAGAACCUGACGACCGAGUACUGGGGGCACACGACCAUCGGCCAGCCGUAUGGCUUCCCACUCAGGUACCGCCACCGUGGCGACAGGGUGUACAGCUGGAAAGGGCAGCUCGACUCGGGCAAGUGGGCGCCGGCGGGCAGGUAUAAGUUUGUCGUCCGUGCCUUGAGGAUCUUUGGAAAUGCAGAGGAUAGAGCCGACUGGGACGAGAGCGAGACGAUGCCCUUUGAGAUCAACUAUCAAAAGGCGAAUGUAUCGGCACACCGGAGACGAUGGUGCCAGGGAACGAGAUGCGAUGCUUCAUAG